AUGGUCACAUUUUCAAAAAAUUCGUCCCGAAAAAUCAAGCUUUUUACCAUCAAAGACGGCAAGAUUCAAGUACAUUUUACAGGGGAGGAAAUUUUGAAAGACAUACUCGACGUCGAAAAUAUCUACGCCGCAGAAGUCAGCACGAUGACGGUCAAACAGUACGACCCGGCUGCGAUGCUCAAGAUGCUUGAAUUUGUUACAAAGCUGAACGUCGAUGGAAGAAACUACCAACAGUGGUUCAAGGCGUUAGAGAGUGUUUUAGGAAUGGCUACAGGGAAGGCGGGAAUCCUCACUUCGCCAGGGCAUACGAUAGGUGCUGCAGAGGACCUCAUGAUCAAACAAGCGAUCACGGCUUCGGUUGAUAGUGCACUUGUAUCAACAGUCCUCGAAGCAGAAUCUGGAAUGGUGGCCUUCGCCGAGAUUCAGAAGCUCUACACGUUGAAGAGUCGAAGUGGGCACAUCAGAUUAAUGAAAGAGAUCUUGCAGACGAAAUUCGACAUGAACGAUGGAACGGUCGGUGUCGAAAGCCAUUUCCGUAGGGUCGAGGAUCUAGUCGAAACGCUGUUUGAAUCAGGUUUUCAGCUCACCCCAGAAUCUUUCAAAGGACUCCUAUUCCAUCUUUCACUGCCCGAACUUGAUGCCCAACCAUUUGUGAACAUCUGCAAGAGGAUUGACGAGCGACCCGGAGGUGCUUGUACUGUUUCAAAUAAAGAAUUGGUUCAAAUUGCUCAGGCCGAAUUAGCCCACUUUCGGCAACGUCGCCAAAGCACUCUUGGCGGACCAAAUGAAGAAUCCAUCAACAGGGCCCACACCGCAAUGUCGACAGAAAUGCUGAUGAUGGUCGAAGAAGGUUAUAUUUCCUUCUCUCAAACCUAUGCCAGUGGCAAACUGCCGCAUUUGUCAAAAUGUAAAAUUUUGCAAUUCUACUUGUACAUUUAG